GGGAUACAGAGAUAAUAAAAAGGAAGAGGACAUGGGAAGCACAGAUUACUGCAAAUCCAGACUUUGGCAGUAUCCUAAUUUUCCCUAAAGGCCACAGUAGCGUUUCAGCAUUUCUUCGUCCUUUUUUUCUCUUUCUUUAAAACAGCUGCUCUGUGUGAAUUCUUUUCAAAGACGUGCAGUUUUCUUAUGCAUUGCAGUUUCAUGUGAAUAUUUAAUAUACUGUACACCACAGGACCUUUUAUCAUCAUGUUGAGGAAGGGCUUGGAGCUGCCGAAGGGAGACAGAGAGGUCCUUCUGGAUCUGGACAACAGGGAUGAAGCACAAACCACAGACAACUAUGGCAGUCUGCAGAAUGGGGGCUUUAUCCCACCACGAUAUCUUUUAGCAGCUGCAGCUGAUGAAGCUGUGGAUGCUGAUGAUGCCGUUUAUAUUCACUGUGAUAAAAAAAGUAACCAAGCAGCUCCACGACUGGGGAACUACUUCAGAGAUGGAAGAACUAAAAUCGACUUUGUGCUGGUGUGGGAGGUUCGAUCAAGGAGGAAACGGCGAGGGAAGGUGAAAAGCGAGGUGAUUGGUGGGGAGGGGGAACACAUUCCCAUGGAAGAGAACAGCAGGUCUGAACGAAAGAAAGCACAGCUGGAACAGUGGAGGGAGAAGUUCGUUCAGAAUCUGGAGAUUGCAGGAUUGCUCAUGGAAAAGGAGGAAACAGCAAAUGAGAAGAAAACUAUCCAUUUUCUUAAAAUUAGUGUUCCCUGGGAUGUCUUGGUGUAUUAUGCUGAGGAACUUUGCCUCAGAGCUCCACUCCAGGCACAACCACAUCUGGACUUAAACACAUCUGCUCUGGUACUGAAAAGACUAUGCAUACCUAACGUAAUGACAGAGUGGGUGCCAAACAGGCCGCUGGAUUAUUACACAUGUGCCUUUCGCAAGUCAAAGAUGAACAGAUUUCUUGGAUGUGAAGACCAUGAAACGUACUUCACCAACACACAGAGACACCGUGUUGCCUAUGAGAUUCUAGCCAGGACGGGGUACGGCAAGAGGAAGAGGGCUGAGGUUGGUGUGGACCGACUGGUGAAUGAAGGCGCCUACACAGCUGCUUUCCCUCUGCAUGAGGGUCCUUUUCAGUUUCCUAGUAAUGAGGUCAGUCCUGACGAGCUGAACCAGAGGCAGGUUCUUUACUUUUACUGGGCCCGCUGGUGCAAAUGGUACAAAUAUCAACCACUGGACCAUAUCAGGGAGUACUUUGGAGAGAAGGUUGCACUUUACUUUGCAUGGCUAGGUUUCUAUACAGCUUGGCUGCUGCCAGCUUCAGUGGUGGGAACCCUGAUCUUUGUAUCUGGAGUCUUGUCCAUGGGUACCAACACACCAGCUUGUAACUUAUUAUGUGUGUCUGUCACUAGAGAGGAAAUCUGCAACAGUGGAGCUAAUUAUCUCAUGUGCCCGCUCUGUAAAACAUGUAAGGCCUGGAACAUGUCUGAAAUCUGCACCAUAGCUAAGUUGGGUUACCUGUUUGACCACCCGGGUACAGUGUUCUUCAGUGUAUUCAUGUCGUUCUGGGCUGUGACCUUUCUGGAGUACUGGAAACGAAAGAUGGCCACUCUGGCUCAUCACUGGGACUGCAUGGACUUCCAUGAAGAGGAGGAGCGUCCUCGGCCAGAGUUUGCAGCCAUGGCUCCAACUGUGGAGCAAAAUCCAGUGACUGGGGUUAAAGAGCCUUACUUUCCAGAAAAGACCAGGCUGUCUCGCAUGUUCACUGGCUCCAUGGUCAUCAUAUUGAUGCUGUCUGUGGUGAUAAUCUUCCUGGUGACAGUGGUCAUGUGCCGCGGUAUCAUCAGCGUCAUGAUGUACCAUACUGGGAGCCCUGUGCUGCGUACAGAGGCUGGGACUAUUGCCAACAUCUCCAGCAGCAUUGUGAAUCUGGGCCUCAUCCUGUUGAUGGGACAGGUCUACACUGCAUUAGCAGAGCAGCUGACUAAAUGGGAGAUGCACAGAACACAAACCCAGUAUGACAAUGCCUUCAUCUUCAAAGUGUUCAUCUUCCAGUUUGUCAACUUCUACUCUUCUCCGUUCUAUGUGGCUUUCUUUAAAGGAAGGUUUGUGGGUUAUCCUACUAACUAUGGAACCUUGUUUGGGAUGAGAAAUGAGGAUUGUGGUACUGGUGGUUGCCUCAUUGAACUGGCUGAACAACUCUUCAUCAUCAUGGUGGGGAAGCAGCUCAUCAACAACAUUCAGGAGUUCAUCAUACCUAAAGUAAAGGCUUGGCGUCAGAAAAGAUCUUUGGCCAAUGUCCUGGGGGGUACAGCAUCCCAUGAGCCUCAGCGUUGGGAGGAAGACUACCAGUUGGUGGAGUGUGGUGGCCUGUUUGAAGAAUAUCUAGAAAUGGUGCUCCAGUUUGGGUUCAUCACCAUUUUUGUGGCGGCGUUUCCCCUCGCUCCACUUUUUGCACUGCUCAACAACUGGGUGGAGAUCCGCCUGGACGCCCACAAGUUCGUGUGCGAAUACCGUCGGCCUGUAGCUGAGCGUGCGCAAAACAUUGGAGUCUGGUUCAACAUCCUGGAAGCUUUGUCACACCUCUCUGUUAUUGCCAACGCUUUUCUAAUAGCCUUCACGUCAGAUUUCUUGCCUCGCCUGCUCUACCAGUACAAGUUUGAUAAUGAUCUCCAUGGAUAUGUCAACUUUACCUUGGCCUACGCCCCACCAAAUUACACUGAACACCCCAUGUGCAGGUACAAAGCAUUCAGAGACAAUAGUGGAAACUACACACUCUUCUACUGGGAACUGCUUGCUGUCCGACUUGGUUUUAUUAUUGCAUUUGAGCAUGUUGUCUUCUUUGUUCUGCGAGCCAUUGACUGGAUUGUACCUGAUGUCCCAGAGUCCUUAGAGCUGAAGAUCAAGAGGGAGCGCUACCUGGCAAAGCAAGCGCUGGCAGAAAACCAGGAUGCCCUGUUGGUGAGUCGAGGGCAAGGGGCAGCCCCUUCCACCCCAGACACCUCCAGCCCAGUGUAUGUUGCCAGAUGAGAGCGGGUGAGUAUAGCACAACAAGUGACGCAUCCUUUGGAAUCAUGAGCUAAGACUCCUUUGCAGGAACAAAAGAGGUGGAAGGGAAUAACUGAAGAACAACAGAUGCUGCAUCUGGGACACGUGUGAACUUUUCCCAAAGUGGAAUUCUGUCUUUGCACUGGGAUUGUUUUUCAUUUUAUUAAUGCAUAUUCAGCUGCACAGAUGUUAUGAGCAGGUGUGUAAUAGAAACUAAACUCUCCUCCGUUUACCUAACUUCUUUAUAUGGAAUAUAUUCCAGCAUUACAGCAGUAGGAUGUUUCUCUGAUGGACCAAGGGCAUGUAUUCAUUAUGCAUAAAUCUAUAUGUAAUGAAUAUUGAAGCCACAUCUGUUUCAGAAACUUGGCGUCUUGAGGCUGUCUAAAGUUGCAGCAUGCCCUGUCAACGCUCUCAGAUUGUUUUCAACUCCUGUCGAGUCCACUAGGAUUUCACACCAGACUGAGACCAGCGGCGGUGUGCGUCAGACCCGAUCUCAGGUCUGUUUGGGUAUUUAUUUGAUGUCACCUAAAGUGUGACAGUGGUAUCAAUAACAAGUUGUUACAUGCAUUUUACAUUUACCUUUAUGCAAUGUUUGUUUUUAUGAAGGUAUUAUUCAUUUUAUGGGGGAUCCUUGAGGUGAAGAUUUGAUUCUACUUCAGUUUGUAACAUCAGCUCUCAUGUUAAUCAUUUGUAGUUUUUCACCUCCAGCUGAGAUAACUCUGAUUUUCUCACACUUGACAUUGCUCCUCCAGAGACAUGGAAGACAAUAAACAACUGAUUUCAUGGCCUCAGUGAACUUUCUCAGAGCUAGAAAACUGACCUUGUUGAGUAAAAUCUCAGGUGUUAAUGGCGACCACUGACAUGUGGUCAAAGUUCCUCCUUUUAUCACUGACUGAUACUGUAAGAUGAAAAAAGUGUUUCUUUACUUGUUCAUUUUAAAGGGCAGAAAGUAAUGUUAUCACACAGAUUAUCUGUCAUAUUUUCACUCAUCAAUGCUAAGCAUGCCAGUUUUUCUACCUGAAUGCUCUGCACAGUCUUUACAUUGUAUGUGUGUAACAUAUUGUGAACAGGAGUGGAAAAUGCACCUCAGUAGGAUGUAAAUUAAAUGUGAACUGUUGCAUUUUAGAUGUUUUAGACUGAAAUAAAUCCACUUUGAUGAAUGCAAA